GAGGUUCUGCCCCUUCGUCAGGAAAGAUGGAAAGGCAGAAUAAGGGAGAACCUUGUCUCCAUCUAGGUGUGGCCAUUCCACCUGAAGAAGAGGCCCCAACUGGGACGCAAGGGAGCCCGAGACUUGCUUCCCACCAUCCAAAAUCAAAUGACUGUUCAGAAGAAGCUUUAACAACCAUGACGUGGCCCGAGGCGUACGACUAUUUCUUCUCCGAUGACCUCCACGAAGCAGAGAGACCAUCAUCGCCAGAGAGAAGGUCCAGGGAGACCAUCAGCCACGGCCAUCAGUCAGAGCUACCAGCAACGUCAGGCCCUGAAAUGUACGAAUAUUUCUUCCAGGAUGUAGAUGAAACGGUGACUGGGGAAGGUCCUUCAGAGGCAUCCCUCAGCUCUGCCCAUCAUUUGGCGCCAUCCCUUGUCUUGGAAGAACCGGCAUCCGACACGAGCACCGAUUCCAUGGGGUUCCCAGAAGUGUACGAACACUUCUUUGCACACCCAGCACAAGGCAAGAGCAGCCGAAGGCCGAACAUCCUGGCCGUGCCUGCUUCAGAGUUAGGAAAGGUUGUGAGAGCUUUAACAACCCUUGUAGGUAGGCCAGUCCGCUUUCUCACAUCCCAGCCAAGGCGGAGAGGAUCCCAGGCGGGAGUGAUGCUCAUAUCUCCAAAACGUCUGGAUGGAGCCUCCCUGACACCAGAAAACCUCGGGGUAGCUGUCUUAAAACCAGAGAGGCCUCUCCAGCUGGUCAUUACGCCCAGAGAUUUGUGCCUGGGAUUUGUGGCGUUGGCUUCUUGGGCUGUGAAAACCUCCAACUUGCAGGCUCCGGAUGCUUGGAAGAUUGUGCUGCUGGCAAAUUUUGGCACCCUCUCCGCCAUCCGUUGCUUCAGGAGGCAGGUUGUCAUGGAGAAUUAUCACAGCUCUUAAGGAGAGGCAGGUCAUCCCU